UGUUCAGUAACCGCGUUGCUGGGAGGAGGCAUUACCGACAUUUCUUCUUUGACAGCCGGCUGGAGACACCUCUGCUUCAGGAAACAUUUUAACUCGCCCACAAACCACAGUCCGGUGUCGCUGUGUUGCUCUCCUAGCAUACUGAGAAGAGGAAGAAAGAAAGAAACAAAGUCGUUGGCUCGGGUUUGCUCCGCAGCGGUAGCCAGAGCUGAGCCGAAGCAGAGCAGACCCUGCCCUCUCUGAUCGGAGAGGGAAUCACGACCACAGGUCCAGACGCAAAGACUCUCCUCCAUCAUGCAGAGCUCCGUGCUUCUCCUUUCCCCGGUCCUCCUCCUGUGUCUCCUCAUCCCCAUCUGCACCUCCCAGAGCGACGGGGACCUCGUCGUGCAGACACUCAGCGGUCCAGUCCGCGGAACUCGCAUACCGGUGCCAGACCGAAACCACGUCACCGCGUUCCUUGGCAUCCCCUUUGGUGAGGCGCCAAUAGGGAAGCUGCGUUUCCGUCCUGCUGAGCCCAAGCGCUCUUGGACGGAUGUGCAUGAGGCCAACAACUACCCCAACGCCUGCUUCCAGUAUGUGGACAUGUCGUACCCCGGCUUCCAAGGCAGCGAGAUGUGGAACCCCAACAGAGAGAUGAACGAGGACUGCCUGUACCUGAACGUCUGGGUGCCGUCCUCACCAAGACCUCACAACCUCACCGUCAUGGUGUGGAUCUACGGCGGAGGGUUCUACAGUGGUGCUUCCUCUCUGGACGUGUAUGAUGGCCGUUACCUAGCUCACAGUGAGACGGUCAUUGUGGUUUCCAUGAACUACCGUAUCGGUGCCUUCGGCUUCCUCGCUCUGCACGGCUCCCCUGAGGCUCCUGGCAACGUGGGUCUGCUGGACCAGAGGCUGGCCCUGCAGUGGGUACAAGAUAACAUCCAUUCAUUUGGUGGAAACCCCAAACAGGUGACCAUCUUUGGUGAGAGUGCAGGAGGUGCUUCAGUAGGAUUCCACCUUUUGUCUCCAGACAGCCGGCCUACCUUCACCAGGGCCAUCCUCCAGAGCGGGGUCCCAAACUCCCCCUGGGCCUCGGUGAGCCCCGCAGAGGCCCGCAGACGGGCCACGCUGCUGGCCAAACUGGUUGGCUGCAAUGGAGGCAACGACACAGAGCUGGUGGACUGUCUGCGCGGUAGAUCCCCACAGGAGCUCAUCGACCAGGAGUGGCAGGUCCUGCCGUGGCCCAGUCUCUUCCGGUUUUCAUUUGUCCCUGUUGUGGACGGAGAGGUCCUGCCCGACACUCCCGAGGCCAUGCUCAGCUCAGGCAACAUUAAAGACACUCAGGUCCUGCUCGGGGUCAACCAGGACGAGGGCUCCUACUUCCUGCUGUACGGAGCGCCCGGCUUCAGCAAGGACAACGAGAGCCUCAUCUCCAGGGAGGAAUUUGUGGCAGGUGUGAAGAUCAGCGUGCCACAUGCUAACGACAUUGGCCUGGAGUCGGUGGUGCUGCAGUAUACGGACUGGAUGGAUGAGAAUAACGGGUUGAAGAACCGGGAAGCCUUGGACGACAUCGUGGGGGACCAAAACGUCAUCUGCCCGCUGGCACACUUCGCUCGCUCCUACGCCCAGCACAACGCCCUGAAGUCUAACAUGGGAGGAAACCCACAAGGCCUCUACCUCUACCUGUUCGACCACCGGGCGUCCAACCUGGCGUGGCCCGAGUGGAUGGGAGUGAUCCACGGCUACGAGAUCGAGUUUGUGUUCGGGCUGCCCCUGGAGAAGAGACUCAACUACACCCUGGAGGAGGAGAAACUGAGCCAGCGCAUCAUGAGAUACUGGGCCAACUUUGCACGAACUGGAAAUCCCAAUGUGAACCAUGACGGGAUGAUGGACAGCAAGAAGCGCUGGCCUCUGUUCACCGUCAGCGAGCAGAAACACGUCGGACUCAACACUGAACCACUGAAGGUCCACAAAGGGCUGAGGAACCAAAUGUGCGCCUUUUGGAACCGCUUCCUGCCACGCCUCCUCAACAUCACCGACAACAUAGACGAGGCAGAGCGCCAGUGGAAGGUGGAGUUCCACCGCUGGUCCUCCUACAUGAUGCACUGGAAGAGCCAGUUCGACCACUACAGCAAGCAGGAGCGCUGCACUGACCUCUAAGAGAGAGAGAGAGAGAGAGAGAGAGAGAGAGAGAGAGACGGGGAGGGGGGGGCAGAGAGAACAAGCCGUGGCCAUUUCCCUCCAUAGCCCCCUCAGUGAAGUCUAACUUCAUUCAAACAUUUCCUUUUUUUUUCUGUUUCACUCCACACACAAACACACAGGCACUGUUUAUCUGUAUUUGUAUUAUUUAUACUAUUUAUUUAUGUGUUAUUCUUAUUUAUGUGUGUCUCUGUGGAAGCUAAGAAAGGGCUAUGGAGGGAGGUCGUCAUCAAUAAGGAGGAAUAUUAGAAAUGUCAAAGAUGUGUCAUUACUGUGUGUGUGUGUGUGUGUGUGUGUGUGUGUGUG